AUGCCUCCAAAAGCUUCAUCUAAUACCACCUUCAAGAAUAGGGAAAAGCCUCAAGAGGUGCGUAAGGCUAACAUUAUUGCCGCGCGUGCAGUCGCCGAUGCAAUUCGGACAUCGUUGGGUCCUAAAGGCAUGGACAAGAUGAUCAAAACUUCCAGGGGUGAGAUCAUUAUAUCAAACGAUGGACAUACGAUUUUGAAACAAAUGGCAAUCUUGCAUCCCGUUGCAAAAAUGCUCGUGGAGGUUUCUGCUGCCCAGGACAGCGAGGCUGGUGAUGGUACCACAUCUGUAGUUAUCCUCACUGGAGCACUUUUGGGUGCUGCAGAAAAACUGCUUAAUAAGGGAAUUCAUCCUACCAUAAUUGCCGAAUCGUUUCAAAGAGCUGCUAAAAGAUCUGUUGAAAUCCUUCUUGAUAUGUCGCACAAAAUAUCGCUCAGUGAUAAAGAUGCUCUCGUGCGUGCAGCAGCUACUUCUCUGAGUUCGAAGAUUGUUUCACAGUAUUCAUCCUUUUUAGCACCUUUGGCCGUUGAUUGUGUCCUAAGUAUCACUGACGAGAACUCUAAAAAUGUGGAUUUGGACGAUAUUCGUUUGAUCAAGAAACUCGGUGGUACUAUUGACAACACUGAGAUGGUGGAUGGUGUCGUGUUGACACAAAAUGUGGUGAAAGCUGCAGGUGGUCCAAUUAGAAUGGAGAAAGCAAGAAUUGGGUUAAUUCAGUUUCAGAUCUCACCUCCAAAACCAGAUACCGAAAACAAUAUUGUUGUCAAUGAUUACAGACAAAUGGAUAAAAUUUUGAAGGAAGAACGUGCGUAUCUUCUGAACAUUUGUAAGAAAAUUAAAAAGGCAAAGUGUAAUGUGCUUCUGAUUCAAAAGUCGAUCUUGAGAGAUGCCGUCAAUGACUUGGCUCUGCACUUCUUGUCGAAGUUGAAUAUCAUGGUUGUGAAGGAUAUUGAGAGAGACGAAAUCGAAUUUUUAUCAAAAAGUCUGAACUGUAAGCCUAUUUCUGACGUUGAGCUAUUCACAGAAGACAGGCUGGGUUAUGCCGAUCUGGUUGAAGAGGUUGAAAGCGAUGGUUCUAAGAUUGUCAAAAUCACUGGUGUCAAGAGCUCAAACUCCAAACCUACCGUUUCUGUGAUUAUUCGCGGUGCGAACAACGUGGUACUAGAUGAGACUGAGCGGUCUCUUCAUGAUGCGUUGUGUGUGAUUCGCUGCCUGGUGAAAGAAAGGGCACUGAUCGCUGGUGGUGGCGCACCGGAAAUUGAGGUGUCUCGAACACUCACAAAGGAAGCCAGAGCACUUGAAGGUGUUGAGGCGUUUGUCUGGCAAGAAUUUGCUUCCGCUCUUGAGGUUAUUCCUACAACCUUAGCGGAGAAUGCGGGUCUCUAUAGUAUCAAGGUUGUCACAGAAUUGCGCACCCUUCAUGAAAAUGGUGAGAAAAAUGCCGGCAUCUCAAUUAGAAGGUCUGGAACGACCAAUACAUUUGAUGAGCACGUUCUUCAACCUGUGCUUGUCAGCACCAGCGCCAUUACUUUAGCAUCAGAGUGCGUCAAAUCUAUAUUAAGAAUUGAUGACAUCACUUUUAGCCGUUAA